GUAAUCUUUAAUUAGAGUUCAAAUUACAGGGGUGGGGGUAGUGGCUGGGCUGUUAUUGCAGGUGACCUAGUGAUCGAGGGUUGAAUCAGGGUUGUGUCUGUUAACAAUCUAGAUACAUUUGGUGAUGAGGACCCUGAAUAUACAGUACUACACCAGCAUAUUGAAAUCCGUAGCUGUACCGCAUGUGUAUUUGUAUAAUCUUGUUGCUUUUGAUGGGUGAAGCGCAAAAGGAUGGACACCGGGCAUUACUCAAUCCAGGAGAGGAAAAUGAAAUGAGAGUAUCAACUGUGAAUGAAACGCUUGAGGGAAGACUUCUCAAACGUCAAGUUUCUUCCUUUGCCCAGGUUAUGCUACAAAUGUUGUUUUCCUUCCAGGACAUAUUUGGAUACAGGACUCACAUUUGCCGAAAAGUUCUUUGUAUUAUUGGGUACAUGUUCUCAUUGGGGUUCCUCCUGCUUUUAUUCUACUGGAAGCCAGAAUGGAAUGUGUGGGCCAACUGUGUUCCAUGUUCUCUUGAGGAAGCAAGUGUUGUGCUGCUCCGAACAACAGAUGAAUUUAAACAGACCUCAUGGAAAAAGGUGAAGUGGAUCCAACUUUCCUCUAAAGAUUUCAUUGCUUACGGUGCAGCUACCAAAGACACAGAUUCAACCGUUAACAAGGCAAUAAUAAAGCCAGAGCUUAAAGUGCGAUACAUACAGGUUCAGAAAAUCCGUUACAUUUGGGAUAACAGUGAAAAACUAUUUACAAAAGCAGGAAUUCUUGAGGACCACUACUCCUGUGCAUCUAUACAUUCAAUGUUUGAGUCUGGAGUUGCAAGAGAGGAAGAAGGUAUAAGAAGACAUAUUUGUGGACCUAAUAUCAUUGAUGUAGGCAUUAUUCCAAUAUGGAAACUACUGGUUAAAGAGGUCCUAAAUCCAUUCUACGUGUUCCAGCUCUUCAGUGUGUGUCUUUGGUUUGCCGAAGAAUAUAUUGAAUAUUCAGUGGCUAUUAUACUCAUGUCACUAAUUUGCAUCUUUUUAUCAGUGUACACAGUACGACAGCAAUCAGUAAAACUCCACAAACUAGUUGAAUCUCAUAACAAUAUCACAGUUUCAGUAUAUGGAGAAGAUAGAGGGAUAUUUGAGUUGGAAUCUCGGCAUUUAGCUCCUGGCGACAUUCUUGUGAUACAAAGAAACACCCUUUUACCGUGUGACGCUCUUCUCAUUAAAGGAGGAUGUAUAGUUAAUGAAAGUAUGCUUACAGGUGAGAGUAUUCCAGUGACCAAGACUCCCCUGCCUAACACAGAUAAUACUGAGCCAUGGAAAGUUCACAGCAUACAUGAUUACAAACGGCACAUUCUUUUCUGUGGAACUCAAGUCAUCCAGGUUAAAGCGUCUCAUAAUAGCCCAGUGAAAGCUGUUGUAUUGAGAACAGGGUUUAACACUGCCAAAGGUGAUCUUGUGAGAUCCAUCCUCUACCCUAAACCUGUGAAUUAUAAGCUGUUCCGAGACGCUGUCAUAUUUCUUUGCACACUUAUUGGAACUGCCCUUAUUGGAAUGAUCUAUGCAGUCUGUGUAUUUUCUCUAUCUGGGGUUGCCGCUGGCGAGGUGGUACUGAAGGCUCUCGAUGUUAUCACCAUUGCAGUUCCUCCUGCACUUCCUGCCGCACUCACUGCAGGGAUCAUGUAUGCUCAGAGAAGACUUGAGAAAGCAGGAAUCUUCUGUAUCAGUCCACAAAGGAUCAACCUGUGUGGAAUGCUAAACCUUUUCUGUUUUGAUAAGACUGGAACCUUAACAGAAGAUGGGUUGGAUCUUUGGGGUGUAGUUCCUGCCAGUGGAUACAGAUUCCAGAAUGUAAUAAUGCUAUCGUCAGACCUGAGUCUUCCAUGGGGUCCACUCUUUGGAGUUAUGGCAACAUGUCACUCCCUAAUCGUUCUAGAUGGCAGUGUACAAGGAGACCCACUGGACCAGAAAAUGUUUGAGUCUACCUGCUGGAUACUUGAAGAUCAACAGGAAGAUAACAUGACAGAGAAUACGCCACAACGAAUAGUAAAACCUGGCCAUAAUACGAGCAGUGAUGCUAUUGAAGGCAUUCUUAUUCUACAGCAGUUCCCAUUCUCCUCUUCACUGCAGAGAAUGUCUGUAAUUACACAAGUACUGAAUGGUGAUGAAUAUGCAAUAUACGUGAAGGGUGCUCCAGAGAUGGUGGCUUCAUUCUGCAAAACAGAAUCUGUUCCAAUAAACUUUUCUGAUGAACUGGAGUUUUACACCAAGCAAGGCUUCAGAGUCAUUGGGUUAGCAUAUAAGAUAUUGGACAUGAAUGAUCCCAAAAAAGUGAUCACGCUAAAGAGGGAAGAAGUGGAGUCAGAUCUCAUUUUCCUUGGAUUGCUAGUGCUGGAGAACCGAUUAAAAUUAGAGACAAGGCCAGUCUUGAAAGAGCUUAACCGUGCCAAGAUCAGAUCUGUUAUGAUCACAGGAGACAAUCUUCAGACAGCUGUCACCGUUGCUAAGAACUCUGGAAUGAUAAGUGAAGGCAGCAAUGUCAUUUUGAUUGAGGCCAAGGAACCAAGUGGGUCUGACUUGGCCACCAUCACAUGGACAUUAGUGGAAGGCACAAAACCUAAAAAUUCUGACAUCAUGGAUAUUUGUAUCAGCAUGGAAGAGCUAUCUAAACCUGCAGAUGAAAAACUUCAUUACCAUUUUACAAUGACUGGAAGUACAUACCAAGUUAUAAUUCAACAUUUCAACAAUUUGUUACAAAAGAUUCUAAUACAUGGAACAGUUUUUGCCCGUAUGUCUCCAGGGCAAAAAUCUAAUCUUGUUGAAGAAUUUCAAAAAUUGGGUUACUCUGUUGGCAUGUGUGGUGAUGGUGCCAAUGACUGUGGCGCUUUGAAAAUGGCGCAUGUUGGAAUUUCCUUAUCUGAACAAGAAGCUUCUGUUGCGUCACCAUUUACAUCAAACACCCCAAAUAUCGAGUGUGUUCCAUGUUUAAUAAAGGAAGGGAGAGCUGCUUUAGUCACGUCAUUCUGUGUGUUCAAAUACAUGGCUCUUUAUAGUAUGAUUCAGUACAUAGGAGUUCUGCUGCUCUACUGGCAACAGACAACAUAUGCCAAUUAUCAGUUUCUAUUCCAGGAUCUGGCUUUAACCACUGUAAUCAGUGUUACAAUGAGUUUGAAUCAUGCAUAUCCCAAGCUUUCUUCAUAUAAGCCACCUGCUCAGCUCAUCUCUCCUCCCCUGCUGCUUUCUGUGUUGAUUAAUAUCAUCUUAAGUCUAAUUCUGCAAGUAUGUGGCUUCAUCAUUGUUCAGAAACAGCAAUGGUACAUUUCUGGCCUCAGCUCCAUUUAUAGUGCCUGUCUCCCAAGAAAUAACAGCGAUUCAAACAGUCUGCUUAUAAGCAAUAACACUAACCUGACAACUAGCGACAAUUCAGCCAAAAUCUCUGAAUUCCAAACCUAUGAAAAUACCACAAUCUGGCUGUUGGCCACUUUAAAUUGUCUGAUUGUAGCCCUUGUAGUCUCAAAAGGAAAGCCAUUCAGACAGCCUUUAUAUACCAACUAUAUAUUUAUAAUUGUGAUCGCUGUCCAGUUUGCAGUUUGUAUAUUUUUUUUGUUUGCCGAUAUUCAGAAUCUUUACAAGGCUUUGGACCUGGUCUGCACUCCUCUCAUAUGGAGAGGAGCUAUUGGAAUCAUGCUGCUCAUCACAUUGGCAGUGUCUUACAUUGCAGAGGAAGCUAUCAUUGAAAAUAGAUCACUGUGGAAUGCAAUGAAAAAAAUCUUCCAUUAUAAAUCAAAAAGUCCUUACAAGAGGCUACAGCGCUUGUUAAAGAAAGAUGCAGAGUGGCCUCCACUCAACAGAAAAGACUAUGCUGAGGAAAGGGGAUACUACGUCAAUCCAACUUUUGAAAGUAAUGAACACAGCUGACAUGGAUAAACAGAAAAUGUGUAUUUUUGAUCGGAUUUGUUUAAAAAUAUUUGUGUGUUCUAUAUUUUGGACUGUGAUUUUAGAUUUUGAUAAAUUUUAUAUUGUAAUAAAUUUUGC